AAAAUUACCUUGGAGUGUAGGAUGACAUAUGCUGUAACGGAACCAAAAAUCACCAAGCAAACAAGAAGUGAAGUAUGUGGGAGCAAUGGCAAUCCUCGUCAAGCUAGUUUAGUCUUAUCUUCCUUCAAAGACAUGUUGUCGUGGCCUAAAAUGUGGCACAAGCUCACAGCGAAUCCAACCACCCAGGCCUACCUUCAAAAUAACGAUUUUGUGAGGAUGAUGCAUGAGCUCCAUAAUAACUAUCUUAAGGACAAGAGGGUUAUACAAGCGCUUGGGGUUUUGUUGAACAUCAACAUCUGGACACCUACUUCUGUGGAUGCAGAGAUUCCUCAGUCUUCGUCUUUGCUGUCGCUGCAGCCGGAGAGGAAGAAAAGCGCAGAGAUUGAGCUGGCGAAGGAACUGGAUCUGAUGGAGUUGACAGCAGAUGAGAGGAUGGAUAGGGAGUCGCAGGCAUGUAAGGAGCAGGAAAUGGGCAAUGCAGCAUACACUAAGAAUGAUUUCGAUAUUGCAAUUGCGCAUUAUACUAAGGUGAUGAAGUUGGAUGAUGGGAACAUUUCGUGUCUCAUGAAUCGGGCUGUUGCUUAUCUGGCAAUAGGACAGUAUGAUGAAUGUAUUAAAGAUUGUGACGAGGUUGUUGAAAGGGGAAGACAACUUAAAUCAGGCUCUAAGAUGAUUGUAAUAACUUUGAGUAGGAAAGGAACUGCCCUGGUGAAAAUGGCAAAACACUCAAAGGACUAUGAACCUGCUAUUGAGACCUUCCAGAAAGCUCUCUUAGAGCAUUGCAUCCCAGGAACAUUGAAGAAACUAAAUGAUGCUAAACAAGCAAAGAGGGAACUAGAGCAGCAAGAAUAUUUUGAUACAAAAUUAGCUGAUGAGGAACAUGAGAAAGAUCUAGAUGUGGAGGUGGUUGCUCUGUCUCCAAAGACUCAAUUGGCGACGAAUGAAUUUGUUUGUGAAAUUUGCAAGAAAGGGUUUAAGAGGGAACCGAAUCUGCAACUUCAUUGGCAAGGUCACAAUCUUUCUUGGAAGCCAAGUCAGGGCUCAGUCUCUACAAUUGAUCCAUCUCCACCAGUGCCAGCACCUGCUCAAGCUGAAGCUCGACUAGCUCCUCCACAGUCAACUGGUGUAAUAUCCUUGGUUUUGCCAAUCAAGAGUCCAGAAGAAACAAGUGAAAAUGAAAUAGCGUCAGAGCAUCAUGGUAUGGAGAUUGAUAUCGAAGAAGUUAAGAUGACUGAUUCAAGUGAACAAAAGAAAUUUGAAAUUGAAGAAAUGGGUAAUGACGCUUCACAAACAAGACAACCAGAUGUUAUACAGGUUGAGGAUAUGCAACUGCAAGCAUCAAGUACUCUGAAACCUCAAAGAGUGUUGUUUGAUAUCAAUGCAGUAAAUAUCCUUAAAUCUAGUGGGCUGAUACAAUCUCAGAUUGAAGACGUUGAGAUGAAAUCUGAAGCAAGUGAGCAACGUGGAUUUUUUCUUAUGCAGAGUGGUUUAGGAUUAACUAUGCCGCCAAAGGAUGAGGAUUGGAAGAACGCCAAAGAGAUUUACUUGAUGGACAACGAGUUGUCCAUUUUACCUGAGAAUCCAAGGUGUCCCAAUCUGUCAGCUCUGUUCCUUCCCAGAAACUACAAAUUGAGAAUGAUUCCUCCGUCAUUUUUUGAUCACAUGCCAGCCCUUCAAAUCCUGAACUUAUCCAGGACUAGUAUCAAGUCAUUGCCUGAUUCCAUUAUCAAAUUGGUAAGCCUCAAAAGACUGUUUCUAAAUAAUUGUCAUCGUCUCAUGACGUUGUCGCCAAAAGUUGGAGAUCUCAAGCAACUUGAGGUUAUUGAUCUUGAAGGGGCAAAGAUUAUGGAUUUACCUAUGGAGAUUAAGGAGUUAACUAAUCUAAAAUGCUUGGAAGUUUCAUUUUAUGGAUAUAUUAGUAAUGGCAAGAAAGUCAUGCAAUCAAAUGCAGUGGUUCCUUGUGGGGUAAUUUCUGCAUUGUCUCUGUUAGAGGAGUUGAAUAUUGAUGUGAAUCCAGAUGACGAGCGGUGGGAUGCACGUGUGGAAGAUAUUGUUACUGAAGUAUGUACCUUAAAGAGGUUGGAAACUCUUAAAUUUUAUUUUCCAAGGGUGGAACUUUUGAGGCACUUUCAGUGGAAUAGCCUAAAGCUGUCUCAUUUCAGAUUUACUGUUGGUCGCCAUGCUAAGCGCGUUAUGUCUCGAGUCCCAUGUGAUGUUGAGUUUGAGCUGGAACGAUGGGAGAAAUGUUUGAAAUACAUAAACGGUGUGGGUGUCCCUGGAGAUAUUAAGAAGGUACUCCAACAUGCAGUGGCAUUUUUCUUGGACAGGCAUGCGACUGUUAAGAAGCUAUCCGAUUUUGGGCUUAGAAAUAUGGAGCAACUAAAAUGCUGUGUCAUGGGGGAAUGUAAUGAGGUCCAAGUGAUUGUAGAUGAAGCAGAUGCUGAUAAAGAAGAUGAUACCAGUAAAAUAGUAUCUGAUUCAUAUGGUGCUGAAAGAAUUGUUCUAGGAUCACUUGAAUACCUUCAUAUAUAUUAUAUGAAGAAUUUAAGGAGCAUAUGGGAAGGGUCAGUACAGAAGAAUUCGUUAUUUCCUCUCAAGUCCUUGACAUUGCGCACAUGUCCCCAGUUGACCACUAUUUUCACACAAGAGUUACUUGAUAACCUAUGCAACUUAGAAGAGCUCAAAGUUGAAGACUGUCCCUCCAUCAAAAGCAUAGUAAGCUGUGAAAUCUCUGCUGAGCCUAAAACCUCAUAUUUUCUUCCAAAUUUGAAGAAGAUUUCACUUCAUUACAUGCCAGGAUUAGUUAGCAUCUCUAGUGGUUUAUACAUUGCUCCGAAGUUAGAAUGGUUGAGUUUUUAUAAUUGUCCAGAUCUUAAGAAUCCAUUAAUUGAUGAAAUAUCUAGUCAAGACUUGAAGAAGAUAAAGGGUGAGAGGAGUUGGUGGGAAGCAUUGGAGUGGAGCAACAGUUGUCCAAGUUAUUUGGAAGAAAUUUUUGUUCCAAUUGACAUACGGGAUUGCUGAGCACUUGAAAUAUUCCAUGGUCAAAAUUAGUGUGUGCAUUGCCUUAUGCAAAGCUCAUUGGUUCAAUGUCAUUGAUAGUAUCUAAUCUUAAGCUGAGGCAUCCAUGGACUGCAGUCUAUUUGCUCUGCUCAUAGCCUCAUACUCCUCUUGUAGCA